AUGAUAAAUGAUAACAAAUUGAGACAAAAAGAAAUCAAACUUCUCCUCGAGACCCAAGAGAAAACAGAAAGUUCGCUCAUCGCGGCCUACAGUAACCGCAGCAGCACUUUCGCCGAAGCGCCGCUCUUUAGUGCCAUCAAAUUGGCGCUGGCAAAAGAAGAAGAAGUUCUCUCGUCGUUUUCGCCUCACUAUUUCGCGCAGGUAAAUCGGAGAAGGUCCCCAUUAUUUGGAGCAAAAGCUGGGCUCCGUUCGAAAACGACGCCUUUCUAUUUUUAUCGAUUCAUUUUUCCUUUCCGUUUGAAAUGCCUUUUUUGGAUGAUAACAAAAGAAAUCUUAAUAAAAUAUAGAUCAGCCUUCAUUUUCCCAAAAAUAAUAAGAUGAGUGACGUCGCGAACUUGCGCAGCGUGAGCACUACAAUCUGGUCUCUGCAUGUUAUUUGGGAGAAAUCUAAGAAGACGUCAACUUAUCUUCCCACCAACUGGGAAAAUUCUCUGCCAAAAACAGAAACUAAAAAAAUCUUUCAUCCUUUAUUUUUAAUAAAGAAAAAAAGGAAGAAAAAUUGGCAGUACGCGUGAAUUUCAUAUGAAGAAAUGCUUGCUGAACAAUCCAAACUUUCUAUUUCCACUCAGACAGCUGAAAACGGAGAGAACUUUCGCGAAAAAUAACACCGAGGAAACUUUAAUCUGAAGAAUCGUCAAGUUUGUAUGAAAAAAAGCGAUAAAUAAAAAGAUCAUUUUUUAGAAUAUGCAAAAGUUUAUGAUGAAUAAAAAUAAAAUAUAAAAAGGCCUUGAAGAAAUCCACGUUUUAUACGAUAUUAAACGAUGCAAAACGGUAUUAUUUUUACAGAAAAAAAAAUCCCGCUCUUUUCUUCCGUUUCAAACUCUGGGAGAAGUAUUGGAAACGGGGAUGUGCGAUGAUAAUUGACAAUUAAUCUGGAAACGCACGUAUCAUCCCUCGCCGUUUCCAGGAACAUUUAUCAAAGCUCAAGCAAUUAUGUCCUGGAAAUGUGGAAGAGAAUGGACUAGAAUCGACGAAAAAAGGACGAAACGAUUGAGAAAAUGGCGACAAUGACGAGAAGGAGGAGAAGAUUGAAGCAAACGAUGAGUCAGAAGGAAUCAAUUUCAACAACGAUCAAAUCAAGGAUUUCGUUUUGGUCAAUGUUCUGAUAAAAAUAGAAAGGACGAUGGGAAACGUAACGUAUCACGAGCAACAGUUAUACGAAACUGAAAAAGAGAAAAACGAUAAGAUCUUUUUUUGUGCAUUUCAUAACGAAAUUCUUCAAUACUUCGAAAACAGUAAAAACAAAAACUAUAUAAGUUUUCGUUAUAGUUUCAAAACGCGUGAUAUUAUUUUAUAUUAUAUACUUUGCUAAUUUUCCAAAAAUCUAUCUCGCCCUAGGGAUCAAUUGACAGAAGUUUAAAUAAUUUUCUUCGAAUCGAACAAGCAAAAAUGAUGAAUCGGGAUGAUCGAAAAUCAGAAAACUUGCUUUUUUUCUCAAUACGAAGGUUUUUGUAGGUCUAUACAAAUUUUAAGAGAUAAUAUCUGAAGCAAGACGAAUGCAAUAAUCAAAUUAAAUGAGACUGAAAAAAAAUGGAAUAAAAAAUAUUAGUCAAAGCUGAAAUAAAGUUACUUUUCCGGAGCGAGAUUAUUAAAUUUUCCCGAGAUUUUUGUCGUUUCUGCAUUGAACGCACAAUGAAAAAAGUUCUUAAAAAACCUGGAUGGGCUGGAAAAAAAGAGGAUGGAAAGCUUGGCGGUUGGCACAAACGGACGUUGCAGAAUACCGUGCGAACAUUGCGCGACGAGAGAGCACGCGUUUCGCGGAGUGCGCAGAGAAGUGCUCACGGCGACAGGCGCAAUUUUCACAUAUUUUACAUGAGCGCAUCGAGCAUUUUCCCCUUUUACGGUUCCUUUGCCGCCACUCGAAAGCAUCUUUCUCGAUUUCGUGGGAGACGGCGUCCUUUUCGGCACCCGCGAAUUCCAACUUUUUCCGGUUGAAAGAAUCUCACAAGGUUUCCGUGGGUGGAUACGUCACUGAUGGUUAGUUACUAAACAUGUGAAUUUAUCGAUGGAUUCAUUGUUUACAGAUUAUUUGGCGAGAAUUGGACAGUAAGAAGGGGUAAUUUUGCAAGUGAGUUAGUUUCUCUGCGUAAUCUGGCGUGCGGAAUCUUGAAUUUUGUAGAAGAAGAUGAGAAGUAUGAUAUAAGUAAUUAAAUGGAAAUGAUACUGUGUUCAAAGUUCUUAAAAACUUAUAGCAAAGUUUGAAUAAUGAUACCAUUUCAAACUAGCCAUAAGUGCAAGUUUAUUUCAAGAAAGCGAGAUUAUUGGAGUUAAUUAGAGUAGGAAUGAUAAAGUUAUUUUGAGAAAAGAAGUGAUGAGAUCUGGCAGGCAGACCACCUGGAUUGAGCAUCAGAAAACACGAAAGAGCGGCCGCCGACUGACACAAACCGUUUCAGGUCCGUCGCGGCGGUCGAAAAUAGAUGCGCCGAUUCGAUGACAACUUCCGAAGAGAGCAUGACAGCGGACAACGGCUGUCCACACGGCAAACCGGGCUCCCGUUCUGCCGCUUCUUUCCGCGAAAGUGCAAUGAGUCUGGGGAUUCUCAUGGAAUCAGAGGUUUUUAUUCUCGAAAAGAAGCAUUUUCCAGAAAACCACUUGCUUUUAAAGACAAGAAAUCGUAUAUCAGAGCUCUGACAAAAAUUUGUCAGUCGGAAAAAAUAUUUUUCCAAUAAAUGUCUGAAAGAUUGGAGUGACAAGGAAAAGUAACUUGAGAGCCAUGAUUCAUUUCUGAAAGAUUGAAAAACAUGUUUUGAAUUAUUCUCGAACAUAAUUUCUUUCUCGAAAAUUUAAAAGUUGAAAUAUUUGAUUGAUGCAUGGGAUUCUUGAAACUGAUUGCAAAAUUUCGGAAUUUUUCUGUUGAAAUUAAGAUACCCAUCAAGAUUUUUCCAAAAGUGUUAAACGUUUCCUGGAUUGGUUUUGAACGAAAUUUUAAGAUAUUGGUCGUUUCAGAAGCUUAAAAAAAUCAAUAUUGAUAAGAAAAAUAGUGUGAUUCCCAUUUCUUACAAAAACUUUGAAAAAUAAAAUCUGAAAACACAUUUUGACCGUCGGGAGGUGGUUUUGACGAUCAUAGAAGCAAUUUUCAACCAGUGGCUAGUUUGUGAGUUUACUAUAGGAAAAUUUUUGGUUAGCCGUUCUUUGAUAAAUGUGCUUCUAGGGCCAGAAGUUUUCUGAGAAUCGAAUAAUGACUGGUCGAAAUGCCUUGUAGACGUGCUCGGGGUGGAAAAGCAGGUGAAGCUGCGGGAAAACGAAGACGUAAGCGUUGUCGGUUGGUUAAUUGGCAGCUGUUUGUGUGGAGCAUGGCAGCGAUAAUCUGCCGUGCCCCAAUAUGUACUCGUCCUCAGGUAAUUGUCUCCGAAAAAAUCGUCUUGAAUUGUCUAAUUACCGUGUAGGCGCCUGGAGGAGCACGGCCAGGUGAAGGGCUUAUCGCGGUUUUGUGCAUUUCGGGCCAACAAUUCCCUGCUCGAGGUCACACGCCAGACGGAAUGCGCUAA